AGCUCUUUAGAGAAAAAGUUUGCUGACCCAUGCUGUGUGCCAAUUUUGUAAUUGCAGAAUGAUAUUUUUGAAAAAGCGUUGUUAUAUUUAUCUUUUAUUUUCUUAAUGGGUAUGUAUUAUUUUUAUAUUGCAUAAGAAAAGGCUAUUUAAAAAUAUCUGGCUGCAAACGAAAACAAAACACCCAGUAUGAUUUUGUUCAGUUUUGAGUUCAGGUAUGCAAAAUGGGGCCGUUGUGCUUACGUUUCUCUGAGAUUUAGGAAAUCCCAAAGCUAAGCCCCAGGGGUGAUGAUCUGCCACACAUUUAUAGUAACCUCUUCAAAAGUGGGUGUGAGAAGAAGGAACUCUGUGUUUUCCACAGCUAUAGGCUUGGCUACAAUGCAGAUUUUAUGUUCAUGCUGGUUAGUUGAGGUGGCAUGUGUGAUAUAGAAAGAGAAUUAUCCUCUGCUGUCAGAGACCUGCAGCCUGGUCCCUGGAGCUGACCUUUGGACCAGAAGGGGAUGCCUGAACACCUUUGGGCCUUAGUUGUCUGGUUCCAAGACUGACAUCAUAACCCAUCACCUGCUACUAGUCAGAGACUGACUCAGAUGUCCUCUUGACCUUCUUUCCAGCUCCUAACUCUGGAAUUCCAUGAUUCAUCAAUAACAUCUGAUCAGAUUUCAGCAGUGAGGGUCUUGCUCACUUGCCUUUCAGAAUUAAUGAAAUGCAGGGAUGCAGCCAACGUGAACAAAAGGAGAGCCCCUCUCUCCCUUAGGAAACUCACGCGGAUCACAUGACACUACCUGGUGAUCUGUGAGAACUAUAUCCCCAUGUAAGAUGGUACCUACCAUUUCCUCCCUCUCCCUCAACCCUUAUUUCCUCCAGUGCCUUUGUUUUUUUGUGUGGUAAAUGCCCUGUAAUGUGCACCGUUCUAUGUACUGUUCGAAGAAAUCUGGUAUCUGUGGGAAGGAAACAAAACUCUAUUUGCUAUGCUUCAGUCACCAAAAAAAAGUACUAAAAUAGCUAAAAAUGUCAGUUCACAAGUAGAAAUAUUCAAAUAGAUAUUUUUCUUUUAGAUCAUAGUUCUGGUUUCUGUUUUCAAUGGGGAUUUCACGGGGGAAAAUAUUUCACCCUGAGAGCUGGACAUUUUAAGACACAAAAUGUGAGGACGCCCACAUAUCUCUUCAUUGUUGUCAUAAUUUCCCAGCUAGGUUCAGAAUGCAAAGGUGAUUUUUUGAAAGUGUCAUGUGCAGGUUAUUCAUUUCUAAGUAUAGGAUGUAGCGAGUAAGAAAGCUGAUUCUAAAUAACCUUCUUAGAGAGAAGGAAAAAGAAAGCUAAUAACUCUUCUAUUUGGCUGUUUAAAUUUUCCUUUUCUAGAUAAAUAUGUUCUGAUAGGUGAUUUUCUUGUCCACAGCUAUGUAUGGCUAACAGUUUUCUCCUCAAAUCCCUUGAAAACUGUGAGAAGACCAUAAGAAGAUCAUAUCUUUAAUUCUAUUUCACAAGUCACACAAUAUUCCAGUCAAAUACGGAUGGUUGAGAAAGGUCAUCCAUCUUCCCUCCCCACCCUCCCACAGCCCCUCAACCACUGCCCUGAACCUUACACACUAUUAUCUGCAGCUCUGUCUGGAGCAUCACAGCUAUUGUCAACCCUGAUGCUCUUUCUGAAAAAACACUGGAUGGACAUCAGAACUAUUUCUUUAAGGACAUUACUGAGCCACACAGGAAAACUUGCCUUAUGAUUUUGGAUGCACAGAUCUGAUUUGACUAAAUGUGAUAACUAGAGAAUCACCCGAUCUACUCCCAUUUUCAACUCUAAAUCAUCAGAUUGUCUCAAAUCCAAAGCACACACAGACCAGCCUGGCCAACGUGGUGAAACUCCGCCUCUACUAAAAGUAUAAAAAUUAUCCAGCUGUGGUGGUGGGCGCCUGUAAUCCAAGCUACUUGGGAGGCUGAGGCAGGAGAAUCCCUUGAACCUGGGAGAUGGAGGUUGCAGUAAGCAGAGAUCACACCACUGCACUCUAGCCUGGGCCACAAAUCAACAACAACAACAACAAAAAAAAACAAAGUGCACACAGAGACUGAGGUCCUCUUUGGCAUUGAGAAGAUGGCUAUGCAAGUCCCGACUAGCAAGUGCAAACUUCCCAGCUUCACUUCUGCCAGUGUCCCUUCACUCCUUCUCAACCCCACUGGGAGGCAGGAGGGUGCCUGACAAUAGCCUUCGCAUCACACUGCCAGGGUGUAAUAGGAACUGUUACAAUUCUGAGAUUCUGUGUAAGCACUGGCCUUUCUGCCUAGAAUGCCUUCUCUUCUCUUUUUUAACUGCAUGCUCCUAUUUAUCUUUCAAAGCCCUGAAAAAAUAACACUGCACACGGGAAAAGCGCCCUUUCUACUGCAGUCAUCUGGAUGACUCUAUGCCAUUCCAUUCAUUUCUCUUUCCUACUACAAAAGUGCUUUGAGAUUUUGGAGUCAGACUACUUGAACUUGAAUCCUGGCCCUCUCAUCAGAGACUUGACUUAUUUUAGGCAAGUUAUAUAACCAAUUUUACACUCUCAGUUCCUUACCCAUAAAAUGGGUCUAAUGAGAGUACCUACCACACAAAAUUUCGAUGAAAACUAAAUGAGAUGAAGGCCUUUAAGGCAGUGGUCCCCAACCCUGGGGACACAGACAAGUACAAGUUUGUGGCCUGUUCUGAACUGGGCCACACAGCAGGAGGUGAGCAGUGGGUGAGUGAGAUCAGCAGUAUUUACAGCUACUCCCCAUUGCUCACAUUACUGCCUGAGCUCCACCUCUUGUCAGAUCAGUGGUGGCAUUAAAUUCUCAUAGGAGUACAAACCCUGUCGUGAACUGCGCAUGCAAGGGAUCUAGGUUGUACGCUCCUUAUGAGAAUCUAAUGCCUAAAGACCUGUCACGGUCUCCCAUCACCCCUAGAUGGGAGUGUCUAGUUGCAGGAAACAAGCUCAGGGCUUCCACUGAUUCGACAUUAUGGUGAAUUGUAUAAUUAUCUCAUUAUAUAAUACAAUGUAAUAAUAGUAGAAACACAGUGCACAACAAAUGUAAUGUGCUUGAAUCAUCCCCAAACCAUCCCGGUCCAUGGUCUUCUACAUUUUGUCUUUUCACAAAAUUGUCUUCCACAAAACUGGUCCCUGGUGCCAAAAAGGCUUGGGACCACUGCUUUAAAGCCUUUGCGUAGUGCUUAGAAUUGAGGGGAAAAGAAAAAGACAAUGCAGCUAGUUGUUACAAUAACUAUAUUGGUGAGUUUCAAAAGGAAAAGAAUUCUGUCCCAUUUAUGCUUGAGCCUUGUGUUGCUAACCAAGCCUGACACAAAAUUACUGUUGAAGGAAUGUGUGAGUCCUAAUUGAAAUGAGGCCACUUAAGGGAAUCAUGGACCAAACCCUAAGCAGGGAGAAAGCCGUAUCUUAAUUAUUGCAAGUAUUUCAGGCAAGGUGUGGAUGGCCAUUUGAAUUCAAGCAGAACAGGACCUGGGAUGAGAAAGAAGGUGUGUAUGUGACUUGAUCUUUGAACUUUAGCUCAUCAUCUGGAAGAAGGCUGAGUAUUCUGUGCACUCACAUAGUAGCUAAUGCCUACUCCCCAUCCACCCACAAUUCUUUCUGUAGGAAGGCUCGCCAGAAUACUUUGUGAUAUUGCAUAUUAGUUCCAUAUUCUACUGUGUAUCUUAGUUCAACCAAAUUGUAAUCAUCUGAUAUUGAUUUCUUUUAAUAUAAAUAUAAUUAUAUUAAGUCUUGGUAUGCUUGCUCAGUCUCUCUCUCUCUCCCACUCCUCCCCACUCCCCUCUCUUUCCCAACAGGCUUGGAAAGCAGGCAUCACCCUGCCUAUUUAACAGUUGGGGUCCCUUGGCUACCAGGUGCUGGAGUAGGAAUCUGAGCCUGGACAUGCCUGGUCUGCAAAUUUUGUGUUUUCCUCACUGUGCUGGGCAGAUCACAACAAUCAGCACCAAAUUCAUAGAAGGGGCGCCCCCUGUGGUCAAUUGAGGGAUUUGUGUUUGAGGUAGAUCUCCAGACGGAAUGGGUGGGGAACUUAGACAGCCUAGGACGGGGCAGAAAGGAGCCUUCACUCCCCAAGCACCAACGGCCUCAGUCCUUCCUGCUGACUCCUGCCUCCAGCUCUCACCCAGACUAUCUGCAUCCUUCUCUCCACCACGCUCCCUUGGAACCUGCAUAAAAUACAGAUUAAAGGAAUCCCUCCCUACUUCACCUUCCGCAUUAUGACCAAAUGGUUUUAUACUAUCAUUGAAAAGGCUGUGGCUUGCCUUUUCACUUCUUGUGUCCUGUUUAAGAAAUAUCUGCUAUCCCAAGAUAACACUAACAAAGUUGACCUUAGAAUUGGAGUGCCUGGGUUAGAGCCCUGCAGGCAUGCUUCUGAUGUGAGUUCAGGAGAAGACACUGGCAAGGACAGCAAAGAACAGGAGAACACUCUAGCUUCCCCGAUCGCAUUCAAGGUGCUGUCCAAAUUCUUGAAUCCAGUUCAUGAAUCAAGGGAGAUCCUUGGAUGUCUGAUGGCUGCUAUUCUGUUUCUCAAACAAUUUGAAUUCAGCAAGCCGUCACUGAAGAUUUGGAGUCAUACAGUCAAGUUUAAAUACAUGCUAUGCUAUUUAAAACUUGCAUGAUCCUGUGCUAAUUAAUCAAUUUUUGCUUUAGUUUCCAAAACGGCAAGGGGCACAGGGAUAAUACAGUCUGCUUACCACAUGGGUGAAGAUGUGGGAGAAGAUUAAAUACAUUGUUCUUACAUGAAAUGUAAAUAGAAAGCUCCUCCACAGUAAGCUAUCAGCUAAAGCUAGUUUACUUUCCACUGCUCUUCAAUAACGGAAACAGUAAUUUUUCAUUACUGAAGGAUAGACGCUGAUGGCAUUUUUUUGUUUCGUAUAUUUUAUAUAUGCUUGGAUUUUAUAUUGAUCUUUGCUGUAAAUUUGCUUAAUUUUAAAUAGGAAAAUUAUCUUUCCUUGGUCUAUGUUUCAACCUUUACUCCAGUUCAAUGAUUUCAACACUGGCCGGACAUUGGAAUGUUAACAAAAAUAUCAAUGCCUAUUUUCAUUUCCAAAGAUUCUAGUAUAAUUGGUCUGAAUUGUGGCCUGGGCGUUGGGAUUAAUUUAAUAAAAUAAUCUUUUGUAAA